GGCCAGUGACGCCCCCGAGCCCAGCUGCAGAAGAAACCGCCACCUCCAAUGCACAAGGUGUCACAUUUGAAAAGAAACCUGAGCCCCAGGGAGGCGGCACAGAGCGACCCGGGCCCCGCAAGCGCUAACUGCGCGGCAGGGCGCUGGGCAGCGCUGGAGAACCCGGAGAGCUCCACCGCUGAACAUCCUAGCGACCUGAUUCUGGGAUCUCGGCUGCACGCUCCCUUCGCAAUUUUCAGAUUUCUCCCCCUUGAUUAUCAUCCCAAAACGGAGCCUUUAUACCAGGAGAAGGUGCCUGAGCUGGGACAACCAGGACUUUCCCGGGCACCCAAGAUGCGCUCAAUUAGAAAACGGUGGACCAUCUGCACUAUAAGUCUACUCCUGAUCUUUUAUAAGACAAAAGAAAUAGCCAGAACUGAGGAGCACCAAGAGACGCAACUCAUCGGAGAUGGUGAACUGUGUUUGAGCAGAUCACUUGUCAACAGCUCUGAUAAAAUCAUCCGGAAGGCUGGCUCCACCAUCUUCCAACAUUCUGUACAAGGCUGGAAAAUCAAUUCUUCUUUAGUCCUGGAGAUAAGGAAGAACAUUCUCCGUUUCUUAGAUGCGGAACGUGACGUAUCUGUGGUCAAGAGCAGUUUUAAGCCUGGUGAUGUCAUACACUACGUGCUGGACAGACGCCGGACACUAAAUAUUUCUCACAAUCUGCAUAGCCUCUUGCCUGAAGUUUCACCAAUGAAAAACCGCAGGUUUAAGACCUGUGCAGUUGUUGGAAAUUCCGGCAUUCUACUAGACAGUGGAUGUGGAAAGGAGAUUGACAGCCACAACUUUGUAAUAAGGUGCAAUCUAGCUCCUGUGGUGGAGUUCGCUGCUGAUGUGGGGACUAAAUCAGAUUUUAUUACCAUGAAUCCAUCAGUUGUGCAAAGAGCAUUUGGAGGCUUUCGGAAUGAGAGUGACAGAGAAAAAUUUGUGCAUAGACUCUCCAUGCUGAAUGACAGCGUCCUUUGGAUUCCUGCCUUCAUGGUCAAAGGAGGAGAGAAGCACGUGGAGUGGGUUAAUGCAUUAAUCCUUAAGAACAAACUGCAAGUGCGAACUGCCUAUCCAUCACUUAGACUUAUUCAUGCAGUCAGAGGAUACUGGCUGACGAACAAAGUUCCUAUCAAAAGACCUAGCACAGGUCUCCUCAUGUAUACACUUGCCACCAGAUUCUGUGAUGAAAUUCACCUUUAUGGAUUCUGGCCAUUUCCCAAGGAUCUGAACGGAAAAGCUGUCAAAUAUCAUUACUAUGAUGACUUAAAAUAUAGAUACUUUUCCAACGCAAGUCCUCACAGGAUGCCAUUAGAAUUUAAAACAUUGAAUGUGCUACACAAUAGAGGAGCUCUAAAACUGACCACAGGAAAGUGCAUGAAGCAAUAAGGCACACUUGGAAGGAUAAAAACUGAACACAGACAUUUUUUUUUAAAGAUGCUUCUGGAGAUUUAGAAACAGGAUCCACGAGAAGGCUGGGUUUCAGCCUCCACCAUUGACUGAGUAGCUGAAAUGGAAGUCUAUGUGACUUCACCACCAGCUGAUGAAAAACCUGCAAAGUGCUCUGACCAUAACAUAUUCUGACUUCAAGGGUCCUAGUAAGUGCCACUUCCAUGAAGAAUACAGUUUGAAUGUAUUAUCAGUAGUGUUUACAAGAUUCAACAGUGCACUCAACAUCAGUUAGCAAAGCAAAUGUGUUCAUCACUGUGGGGCAGCCACUGUCAUGCCAAGCACACUGGAAGAGGAACCCAGGAGCACAACUCAGCCCUUGGGACGUGAAAACAUCCUUAAUAGAAAUAAAGAAGGAGAGAGUUCAAGGGUGACAUCCAUGACAUGAAGCAACUUGAGGAAAUGCUUUCAGUCAGGACACUGAGGAUGGUCAUGUUUACGUUUUGCUUAUAUUUCUUGUUUGUCUUCUGACAUUUAUUUUGGUUCGGGUUUGGGUGCUUAGAAAUUCAUUUGAGAUACAGAAAUGGGAAACACAUGUGAAUGAGAAAAAUGAACAUCAAACAGUCCUUUCUAAAGUCGUUAUAUUUUUUUAAACAACAGUCACACCAAACUUAUGCUUGUUUGUUUGUUUUACUUUGCACAACUCUAAAUCUCUGGAUUAUAGAUCAAUGGUGUAGUGGGUACCAGCCAAACUAUACCACUCGAUAUUAGUAAACUAUUAUGAAGGAGUGAUAUUUGAAAAAUGGUAAAAAUAGCAGAAAAGUUUCACUCUUGGUACCAAAGAUUAUAUCAUGUUCCUACACAGUAAGCCACUCUCCUGUUAUAAAGAGAAUAUAUUAUUAACAUGAACACAUUUAUAUGAUGUUAAUAGGAAACUCAGCUCUACACAGUUAAAAAUUUUCAAAUUCAAACAUUACUUUUAAUUUAUUUCUUUGACAUUUCAUCAUAAUUUUGUGGAAAUCCAUGGCCAGGUAAAUUGUUGGAUUGAAGUAGCUGAAAUGAGACUUCUCAUUCAGUAAAAUCAUCUUGGCCAUUCAGGUGCAGAGAUCAAUAUGAACCACUUACUAUUAUUUUAAAAUUUCUCUCCACAAAAUAAGAUGAUUAACUGAGUGUUGUUUUCAUAACAGAUAAUUAAUUCAAAGCAGUUUAAUAAUAACACAUCAACAACACGUCAAAUGAAUUCAGUUAACAAGGAUUUUUCUAUAGUUAAGUACAGUUCCAUUAUGACUACAUUUUUAAAGGAACGUGAACUUACUCAUAGAGUGACUUACUGACUUACAUACGUGACUGAAUUGACUGGUGGCCAGGCUUUCUGUUUCUUUUGAAAGCAGAACUAUAUUCUCACUUCUGCUUUUGCCUGCAGCAACUUAACAUGACUUCCUGUUUCUUGGGGAAGGCAAUCAGAAGAAAGCAGAAAUGGCAUGAAAAAUGUGUAUGUUUUGUUUUUCUAAGUCAGGCAAUCUAAAAUGAAUGAAGAGCACAGCAAAGGUAUACAUAUAUAUUUUAUAUGUAUUCAUAUUAUGGGCAAGGAUAGUCAUGUAGUACAGUUACCAAAUUUUUAAUAUUAGCUGCAGUGUUUUUUAAAACAGUGACAGAAUCUCGGGAUAAAAAUAGCAGUUUCUGAGAAUCCAUGUAUCUAUCAGAAAGGAAAAGACAAUGGAUAUGGGCAUUUUAUAACCAGUAUAAAUUAUCUCAAUAUACCUUUAUCAUUAAAUUUCAUUUCUAUUUAGCAAUUCAAUAAAUUUAAUAAAAAGUGUUAAAUAUGUGUUAUGUAGAUGUUAAAUUGAAAGUCUAAUACAUUGGAUGUGUGAAUAUUGGAUAAUAUAUAAAACUUAUUUUGAACUCUAUGCAGAUCUGUGUUCCCACCAACAGGUAACAUGAAUUCCUUAGAAAUCCAGAGGUCACAAGUAAAUUCUGGCAAGUAAAUACUAUCUUGGCACUCAUUCAAAGUAUGUAUCUGAAAGCAGCAGCAUACUGUCUUGACUGAAAUUUUAAGAAGGAAAAAAAAGAUGUGUUUAAACAACAUUUUGGCCACAGCAAGCACAGCUCAGCCACUCACUUUUGCACGCAUUGAUGUCUAUCUCUUACAUGCAUUGAGUAGUGCCUUUUAAUGUCUUUGCAUUGAUUCUUCACCCUCAGCUUUGUGUUUCCUAAAUGCUUGCCCAGUUAGAGAAGUGUUCAGUAUCAAAAGGGCUUCAGAUUUGAGAGAUAACUACUUUUGUUCAUCUCAGGGAACUUUCAGUACACAAGAAUGGAUUCAAUUAAAGACAUUUAGUACUCAAAGAGGAAAUAUUGUGUGAGAUUAUUUCAUCCUCACACACACACCCUUUCAUUUGCCAUCACUGCUCAAUCCCUAUCAUGGCUUUCUUACAGGAGGAAGGCAAGGAGAGAAUUGAAGACUAACAGUAGAGAAAAGAGUUAGGACUUAACACACAUGAUGGCAUAAGGAAUCAUAACAACAUCAAAUUAUAAGCAUAUACUUGAACUACUUGUGAUUUCCUUAAUAUGGUAUGCUAGCAGCUUUAUUUGUUUUAUUUCCUUUUUCUAAUGUUUUAAUCAUGCACUUGGGAAUACCCAGGUAGCUGACUGUAAAAUAUCCCAGUCACUGAGCUAACAUGAUUGCUACUGUGCUUUUGACAUGAACAGACCAUGGAAAUAUUCUCAUCAUUGCUACUCAGCAUAAAGUAUACUUAAUAAAAAGUUGUUGAAAGAAAAUAUGAAUCAAUAAUAGAUUUUCAGAGCAAAUCUAGUGAUUCAGCCCACAGGACCAAUGAAAGUACUGUGGAAGUUUUCCUCACUUAGAGAAGGUGCUGGGCAUUCAAAUGUCUUCAUGUGUUGUAUUUCAUACGAACUGUAUAUCAAUUGUUAAUGAAAAUCUCCACAUAUAUCCUUACAGAAAUGCUUUAUUCAAGAAAUGCUAAGGGUAGUGUACAGACAAGUGAGUUACUCAGUUACUAUUCAAGAAAGGGUAAGCAAAGUAAUUUAUUUAUAGUUGUGCCAAUUAGUCAUAAUACAUAUUAUGUGAUAUUUGGUUCACAGAGUUGUUUUCAUGUGAUUAUUAUAAGGACUAUCUAUAGUUGUGGAAGGGGGAUGGAAAAGUUGUGUAUAGUUAGCUGGUAUCUCUACAAGUUUGAGAGUUUCCCCAUUAAAUGUUAUCAAUAUACCAAGGUUUUAAUAAAAACAAGUAAGGUUAAUUAUUUGUAUUUGAUAAACAAACUCCAAAUACAACCCAUCUAGAAAUAGAUAUUUUAUUAUAUAUGUGCUAUAAAUAUAUCUAUAUAGUACAAAUAGAAAUGUGUGAUGCAUAUAUACCAUGUUAUAUAUGUAUAUCUGUGUGUACACACUGAUUCUGUAAUAUGUGCACAGCUAGAUGUGUGUUAUAUUGAUAUCUUCAGGGUCUGCACUGUGAACUGCCCUGGAGAUCAUGGCCACUUUAAAAACAAAAGUUCUUUUGAAACUUCAUUUACUACUCUGCUUUAAGAAAGACCUACUUUGUAGCUGACUUAUAUGUUCUUUCCUAGAGAAAUAGUAAGCAACUAGUAUGUUCAAAUCUUUCAAAACAAAAGUGAAGGAAAAAAUAUCUUCAAGCUGGCAAUGUAUUUAUUUAAAUUGCGGUUUUUUGAUUGUUGGUCUAGGUUGUGUGUUUCUCUUUUAUGUAGCGCCUUUUAAGAAAUACUGUUUUUUUGUGUGUGUGUAGGUGAAAGCACAAGUGUUUUUUAUGUAUAUAGCAAGAAGAGAAAAAAAAAGAGUUUACAGAUAGCUUUGCUGCAUAGGAUAAUUGCUACUGAGUCUUUCUUAUACCAUCUGUGGAAAGGAAGGAUGAAGCUUACUCUGUAGGUUCAUUCUGAUCAACAAUAUCUUCUGUUGUUUGUGCAUAGCAAUGGACUAUUACUGCUUUAUCAUUUGUACAAUUGUAAAAUAAAUUAAAUUACUUGUUUUUCAA